GAGGGGACAAUUCUUCCUUUCAGAAAAAUUCCAAUUAAUAAAUAUAGAAAGAAUGAUGGAAAUAGAAAAUCAUCAUUAGAAUAACAGUAAUAAUUUCUUCAGAGAGGAUAAGCUGAUGGAUACUAAAAUUAGUAGGUGAUAGGAUGCCAGGGUGGCUCAGUGGGUUAAGCGUCUGCCUUCGGCUCAGGUCAUGAUCCCAGGGUCCUCGGAUCAAGUCCUGCAUCAGGCUCCCUGCAUAGUGGGGAGUCUGCUUCUCCCUCUGCCUCCUGCUCCACCUGCUUGUGCUCUCUCUCUCUGACAAAUAAAUAAAUAAAAUCUUAAAUAAAAUAAGUAGAUGAAACUUAACAAGAACAGGAUUUCUGCAGAGCCUCAAAUGAGUUCCCCCCUAACUAUUUAUUAAUUACUAUGGUGGUUUUAACAUAUGUCCACACAUGGUUUGGUAAUCCUUCCUUCAGGAGAUGGGGCUUAAUUUCCUAGCCCUUGAAUAUGGGCUGCACUUGCUUCUAAGGGAUAGAAAGUAGGGAGGGAAGGAUAGUAACUUUACAGUGAAAAACCUGGAAGAUAUCACCUUAACUAAAUGAUUAACAUCGUCAGUCGUAAGACAUAUUGAUACCAUGUACUUUCUGAUAUAAUGGGUUUGAAAGAGCAAGCAUAUUAUCUCCAUGGUGCUCUUUCCUGAAGAUCCAUAACCGUUAGUUAUUUAAUAUUUAAUAUUUAAUUAUGAGAAUACAUCAGACCAGACCAAACUAAGGGGCAUUCUAUAGAAUACUUGCCUGGCACCCCUUACAACUGUCGAUGUAGUAAAAAAACAAAGACAGGAAGUGUCGUAGACCGGAGGUCUUAAUUAUAAUGAGGUGUCCUGGGUCCUAGAAGAGAAAAAGACCUUCAUAGGAGAACUAGGGAAAUCCAAAUAAAGUGUCUAGUUAAUAGUACUGUACCAAUAUUAACUUUUUAGUUUUGAUAAAUGUUGCAUAAGGUGUUAACAUUAGGAGCAGCUGGGUUAUGGGGAUUUUCUGUACCAUCUUAUUAACUCUUCUGUUAGUCUAAGAUGAUUUCAAAGUAAAAAAAAAAAGCAAAAUAAAUAAAAUUAACCAUUGGUGAUCUGUACUGACCCCUAUUGCUCCUAAGCUCCCUUCACUAGUAAAGGUAUUACUGUUAUUUCUGACUUAUAGGAAGAAAUGACUUUAUAGUUUCUAGAAGAAAGUUCUAAAAGAAAGACAACUGCCUUGGUGGUCACUUCAAGAAAGAGAUUGCCAGUAAUUUGUUGGAAGCUCUAGUGUCACUGAUACUUGAUCCAGAGGUUUAAUGGGGGUUUUUAAGCAUUUUUUUAAACCAUGAAAAUAAUAUUUCUAGCUUCUGGAUUCCUGGAGUGUCUAUCAUUAUUAAACAGUGUAAUCUUAUUCAUUUGAAGAAUAAUUUUGGGUUCUUUAAAAAUGCAUUUCUGAUGAUUUAUCCUCGCCUAAGUAAAUGCUCAAAGUCACCUUGCACAGUUGUGUGGGUGGCAUGAGAAAUGAGGAAGAUCACGCUGAGUCACACGGGCAGAAUGAGGUUGGUAUUUGGAGCUUCUGACUCCCACCCCCUCCAAGUCUUACUUCCAGUCCCUUCCUUUCACUUUUACAAAAAUAGAAAUUGACUGCGUUUGCAGUAAUAGUUGCUAAUGUGACGUCCGGGUGAGGUCAGAGAAGCCCGUUCAUUAGUACUGGGUCAGGAAGGCACUUUGAGCUUCUGAGGCUUGUUCUCCGGCAGAGUGGCGCAGAGGCUCAGUUUGGGGAUAAUGACUUACUUGCUGGAGGCCUGUGGUGUGACCCAGUCCUUUGGAUACCCUGGUUUCCACCUGUCCUUACCACAGGGCAACAGUUCAUUACAGGUCUCCCCCUUUUUCUUUUUUGCUAUGAUUGUAUUUUGUAUUCUUCCUAUAGAAAUACUGUAAAGAAGCAGAAUGGGUUUCUUUAAAAAAAAAAAAAAAUCCAUAGUCCUGAUAGUUGUAAGAUCUCUCUGGUGUCCUGAAGCAGUAAGACACACAUACGGGCUACUCCUGGUCGGCACAAGGACAAGCUCGGGCUCUGAAGUUUUGGGACCUUGGACAGCUCCUCAGUCUCUGUGUCAGCUGCUCUGUGUGUGCCAUGCGAAGACCCAGAGGAUGUCUCUCGCAGGACCCUGGUGAGGGGUCAGGCCAGUGGGCACUCAGCGCAGCGCUUGCCCUGAGAUCCACAGUCAUAGAUCAGCCUGCCGUGGGGCAGUGCAGUAUCGAGCACGUGAACAACCUGCGGGAGAUACAAGCUCUGAGGCGCCUGAAUCCGCACCCAAACAUUCUUACGUUGCACGAAGUGGUUUUUGACAGAAAAUCUGGCUCUCUUGCACUCAUAUGUGAACUUAUGGACAUGAAUAUUUAUGAGCUAAUACGAGGGAGAAGACACCCAUUAUCAGAAAAAAAGAUUAUGCACUAUAUGUACCAGUUAUGUAAAUCCCUUGAUCAUAUGCACAGAAAUGGAAUAUUUCACAGAGAUGUAAAGCCAGAAAAUAUAUUAAUAAAGCAGGAUGUCCUGAAGUUGGGGGACUUCGGAUCCUGCCGGAGCGUCUACUCCAAGCAACCCUACACGGAGUACAUCUCUACCCGCUGGUACCGAGCCCCGGAGUGUCUCCUCACCGACGGCUUCUACACCUACAAAAUGGACCUGUGGAGCGCUGGCUGCGUGUUCUACGAGAUUGCCAGUCUGCAGCCCCUCUUCCCCGGAGCUGAUGAGCUAGACCAGAUCUCAAAAAUCCAUGAUGUCAUCGGCACGCCUCCUGGGAAGACCCUCGCCAAGUUCACACAGUCGAGAGCUAUGAGUUUUGAUUUUCCUUUUAAAAAGGGAUCAGGAAUACCUCUACUGACAGCCAGUCUGUCCCCACAAUGCCUCUCCCUCCUGCACGCAAUGGUGGCCUAUGAUCCCGAUGAGAGAAUCACUGCCCACCAGGCCCUGCGACACCCCUACUUCCAGGAGCAGAGGGCGGCUGAGAAGCAGGCUCUGGCUGGCCACAGAAGAGCUUUCUUUCCAGAGCGCCCCGUGGCUUCAGAACUACUCAGUAACCGCUGGCACGUUGCCGAGGAGGACAGCCAGCAGAAACAGUCCCUAAAGCCAGAGGAGGACCAUCCCAAGAGACCAGGCCCAGCCUACGUCACGGAACUGCCCAGACUGAAGCUUUCGGGAGUGACCGAACCAUCCUCGUAUCCUAGCCCCGCGCUGCACCCCGUGUUCGGCCCGGGGCCCGGCAGGAAAGUGCUGGGGCUGAGGCCCCUCGAGGGUGUUGGCGCCCGCCAGAAGGUAGCGCAUCGCGCUCGCUCCCCGUGGCCCACGGUUCUCAGGCCGGCCCCGCCGAGUGUCUGUUUCCUUCGACAGACAGAUGCACACAAGGACACGAAGCCCGACCCGAAGCAGUACUGCCUGCCCUCGAUCCAGAGGAAGGGCGGGGGGCGCUGAGAGGCCCCCGCUGGCUCGCCCCUGGGAGCGGAGACUGGGUGUGGCCAGGCUGGCCCGUGGAUCGCCACCGAGCCCCCAGGGGAGGGCUGCGGGGUGAGGCCUGGCGUGUCCCCCUCGCAGAGCCUGGCGUCCCCAGAGGCACGGCCCCGCCGGCCAGCUGGUGCCCCCUCGGCCUGGACCCCCAGCCUGCGGCUCCGGGUGUCCUGAAAGCGGCUGUCCUGUGCUCCAGUCAACACAUCCGUAAAACCACCUCAGCCCAGGCUUUCUUCUCAUGUUUCUAACCGAGAGAUUUGGGGCAGAGAAUAUUUUGUAAUUUUUUUUAAUCGGAAUCAAAACAGAAGUCGGAGUUUAUACACUGUGUUAUUUAGGCUUGGUUUCAGCACGGGCUCUGCGCGUCGUGCCUUCUUUAGAUGUCACCAGUCGCACGGGCAUGUCGCAGUUACAUCAUGCUGUCGGAGUUUUAUUAAAGAACAAGCUAUCAGUGCGAUAUUUUAAUAUUUCCUGAGUUAAACAUGUGUCCUAACAUGCAUUUCUCUAUUUUAAGUCUUGGGAACAUACGUGGGAAUCUAUUUUGUUGGGAAGGCUUUGGUACAGCUUAGUUUUGUGGCACUUGAGAAGCCAGAGGCUCUGCCUGGGUGCACGUGGCCUUCGUGCCCUGGGAGGCUGUGGCCAGACGAGGCCGCCACGCGUGGGGCACGUCAGAGCACCGGCUUCCCCGCGGCCUCUGGUGUUGGCUCCGCAGUAGGGAUGCUGCUUAGCUUUGCCGCGGACCCGCCUGCUGGGCAGACGCCAGGCCCCUCCUGAGCCCCUUUUUGUCUUGGGAUGUCGGGUAGUGACGCCUUCGUUUUAUCUUCACAAAUGUACACCAUUAAGAGAAAGCAAAUUUCCCAGGUUAGUUUUAGUCUUCUUAUUCCCUCUUUAAAGACAAAUCCGUGAUGCUCUUCCACACGCUCUCCAGUGGCCACCGCCUCUGACCUGCCUGCUAGGUCGGGGGCAGGCCGGAGGUCCCAGGCCGGCCCGGCCGAAGGGCAGAUUCAGCACCAGAAACGACACCUCAUGAGGAGGGGCUGGAAAGAGCUUCCUUUGAGCCCAUUUAACACCCUGGCAGAGGCUUCCAGAUUCCCUGUUGUAGUGGGAGCUCUGGGGGUCAAGGGGGCACUGCUCUGCCUCUGCAGAAGACCUGGGAGUUCCGGGGCCCCUGGGAGCUGAGGCGAGGAGGAGGCCAGAGCAGGUGGCGCUGGGGCUGAGCAGCAGGAGGGCCAGGGGGACAGGAGCAGACUCCUGGGAUUGCAGAGGGCCCUGCAGGGCCUGCGUGCCCACACUCUGAACCCAGGCCGAGGAGGCUGCCGGAGAACCGGGCCCCCGACGGGCAGUGGUUCACGGGGCAUGCUCCUGUCCUCGAGGACUGGCUAAGGACCAUUUAAGGACUGACAAGAAUUUGUGUAUUUAGGAAAGCUGUUACCCCUGUAAGUGUAUAAAAUUCAAGAGGAAAAUC